AUUUCAAAUCCUCGGUUAAAUUAUAUAUUCGCUAUAACAAAAUCCUGACAGCGCUUCCAAUUUUUACUGCGUGGCGAUUUUGACGUCAAAACUUGGCGAGUGUCGAAUACGCGUCAGAAAACCUGACUAUUAUUGGCAUUUUUCCAGCGUUAUUAUUUUGCAGAUAUAUAUAUAUACGUAUAAACUUAUUACGUACACUAGUAAGUGCAGAGGAAGAAGAGUAUUAACCAUGUUUCUGUUGACUUUCCAAAUUCUUUUAAGUUUGCUUAUUAUAUCUCUUCUAGUGAUAUAUUUACUAGGAAAGAAAUGGAGAAACAGAAGAAAACAGCAGAAAAAUUAUUCGUCCUCGUCUGCAUUUACAGACAUUAAUCUGUCCGAAAAUAAAGGCAACGCCCAGAAGUUAAAAAUGAAUCUUCCGUCCGUGUCCAUUUUACCAGUUUUGUUAAACAUUCUAUUUUCUCAACGUGACCAGCAAUACCACAAUUCAUUCAUCGGGAUACAUGCUAUAAAUUUAUUGACUGGACUCUCUACGCUAUUUCCAAACGAGAAAGUUGCCUGUCUCAACACAUUUGGAUAUAAAUUAAUGUUUUUCUUUCAUCCAGAAUCUGCAAAGGAAGUGUUAAAAGGCAAUAGUUUAAUUAAUAAGGAUUCUACAUAUGAUUUCUUCAAGCCACUUCUCGGAGAAAAUAGUAUUCUGUACAGUUCUGGUGAUAAUUGGAGAAGAAGAAGAAAAUAUUUAGCUCCACAUUUUCAUCUUUGGAAUGUGAAAGAUGAUCAAAAUGUAUUUAUGGAGCAUUCAAACGUCUUAGUGGAAAAACUCAAACAAUUGCAAAAGAAUGAAAUAUUCGAUAUUCUGGAAUGGAUGAAAUAUUGCACUCUCGAUAUAAUUGCAGACAUAGCAGUAGGAGUUUCUCUACAUUCUCAGACUACAGACGAUCAAGAAUAUGUGUCCGCAAUGCACAGUUUCCACGAUGAACAGUACGGAAGUGCUGAACUUUCAAUAAUUCCUUAG